AUGGUUGUAUCUUAUAGUGUACUAAUGAGAUUGAUUAAAUUGUGUAAGAAAAUAGUUGUAAAAGAAAAUAGAUUUAGUAAAAAUCCCAGCGCUAGAAAACUACUGAAAAAUUUGCUAAGACAAAUAAUUUUGUAUGGCAAAAAUUAUUUCCGCACCCUUCGGAAAUUACACAAACUAAUCUCCGUUUCCCUAACAAAUUUACUAUGUAUUUUUGGGCUCGGGUACACGACCCUUAACUCCGUCUCCGUGUCACGUGAUUUUUCCCAUACAAAAUCCUGCACAAUCCCGCCACAAAUACUCUUAUCUCCGCAUUCUCGGGAAUACCUCAGACAAAGAAAGAGAAGAUACUACCACUACUACCACACUCAUUUUCCCUCUCCAGCACGCCCCAGCCUCACACUUCCUUCUCUCAUCCGCGAUCUAACAUUAACGCAACUUUGA